AUGGCUGUGGAGACUUUUGUAAACUCCAGUUUUCUGCAGAUCUUUUUAUGGGAACGUUUCAAAGGGAUAGAGGUAUCUCCACUCCCUUAUUCAAAGGCUGAGUCACUGGUUGCUUCGGACGAGAAUUCCUACAUGCCGGGUAGUCUUCCUCUGAUCUGUAGAUGGUCCCGUCGCAUGCAACGGAAGGGCCAAAACUUUUUAGAGCUGCUGGACGAUGUUGAGCAAUUUAUUUUCCGUCCCUAUUGUGCCUCAUCAGAGGGCUUUAGAACGCCGGGGAAAAGUGCUGUACAUGGGAAACGGAAGCGCGAGGAAAGCUGCAGCGCCGAGAAAAGGCAAGCUGUAAAAGGGCCGAAAAGGUUCAUCCCCAAGGUAGCAGCAAGUGGUCCUCCUAGCUCAAGAAAAGUUGCCUUGCCGGAGCCUUUACAGCAGCAGCCUGUAGCUUCCGGCAGCAGCGAGCGAGCAGCUCCAAAGCUUCAUCUCCUCACAGUAAGUACUUCCCAAAGUAAAGGCAAGGGUAAGGGGUUUUCCGUGACCCCGAAACGUCGAAGCAUGCGUAUUCUUGAAACGCGGUUUGCUAAUACCCGUAAGAAUAAAGGUGAAGACUCGGGACCCAAAGUAAUGGUGACGGUUGAUGAUAAUAGUGAUGAUGAUAGUGAUGACAAUGGCGCUGCGGGGACUGAGAUUAACAUUCAUGAGCAAGAGAGCGCUCGCGAUACGAGUGGCAUGGAUGAGGACCUUGAUGAAGGCCAAUACGAUAGUCACGACGAAGACACCUAUCCGGCCUUCGGCACUAGCUUGGGGGAGCUCGAUGGCUCAGAUACAACUCCUGCUUUGACUAGCGAUUGUGGACAGCGCGUCGAUGUUGAACUGGUCGUGCCCACCAUUGAAGGCACGAUAGGUGCUCCAUCGGAGGCUGAUUUUGCUCUUCCCACUACUGUCGCUGAAGCUGUCCUGAGCCUUCCGGCGGUGCAACCUCCUCCUUCUCCUAAUCCAUGUACUCCUGACAUGGCUGUUGACGCCUCUCCGCCACUUCCAACAGUUUCCUCCUAUUUCUCCAAUUCCGAACGCACCUGA